CAUUUUCUCAUUUGUCCUUCAGAUUAUGGUUCGUGAAACGUGCUUGUGUUAGAUAAUAUAAUGUUUUUAAUAUAAAUAUAAUAUUUUUUUGAAAGAAAGGGAAAAGAAUAAAAAAAGAAAGAGAUACAGCCACAGAAUGAAACGAUCGAUAAUAGAAGAAAAUGGAGAUUCAAAAAGAUCAUUCAUUAAACAAGAGUCUGUUACAAUUAAAAAUGAGGGAACAACAUAUACAAAUUACUCCUCAUCGACUACAUCAGCAUCUACUUCCAUUCCUCAACCUUUACCAGGUCAACCACCAUUACCUCCAAUGCCUCCACCCCCUAGCGGAGUUCCACCACCGCCUCAUGUCUUUGGACCAGUGCCUUCUCAGAUUACGCCAAUUCAAACAUGGGCUCAAGCAUCCACACAUUGGUCAUGGAUAACACCGCCCAUACCUCACAGAGAAAUUCAACAUAUUCAAAGGGAAAUUGCCCUGAGAGGUAACUACAUGAGAAGAGAAAGGUAUCCCCACAACAGAAAUAACAUGUAUCUUCAGAGAAAUUCCUAUCAUCGUAAGAAUAGAAGACCAUCACGUUUUGGUCAAUCGCAAGAACAAUUUGAUCAAGCUACUUAUUUUGGCGAAGCAUUAACAGGUGGUCUCAGCUUAGAUUGGCCAAGAAAUAAUUAUAAUGCAACACCGAAUGAUCCUAUUAUGAAUCAUAUGUCUGUUCCCCUUUCCAAUCAUCCUAUAACUCCCAUAACCCAAGGUAUUAUAACUACUAGACAUGGAGAAGAAAAAGGAGAUCAGGAUGUUAAAAGUGUAUUGAAAGAAUUAGUAGUUAAGAAAAAUAAACAGAGAAAACCUAUGUCGCAAAGUUACCCCAGCCGACCAUGGAAUCGGGAAGAUGCUGAGAGAGCUUUAAAAAUUGAAACGGAAUACAAUAAGACCGUUAAAGCAAGGAGUUUGAUUAUUAAAUUUCCAGAUCCUGAUCUUAAUAAGGAUAUUGUUAGAGAAUUUCAUCCUGAUAUACAAAAUAUUCAUUUUCAAAGUCCUAGUGGCCCUAGAUAUUGUUUUAUUCAGAUGGCAGAAAAUGUUAAUAUUGAUGAAGCUAUUAAAGAGUUAGAAAAGAUUCCCUUUGGUAUUGGCAAUUUGAAAGUGGAAAGAAAAUCUUUGCGAGAUGAAGAUAACCCAAUGCCUGAAGAAAUUGAUCCUUAUAUUUUGUACGUAGGAAAUUUACCAGAAACUGUUAAUGUUAAUGAAGUCAAAAGCAAGUUUCCAACAGCUUCUAGGGUAGAUGUUGGUUAUGCGCAAAAAAUGAGAAAUACACGAUAUGCAUUUAUAAGAUAUAAUACUGUAGAUGAAUCGAUAGAGGCUUAUAAACAGACACACGACUUAAUGUGGGAUACAAGAAGUAUUAUUGUAAGAUUCCGAAGACAACGUGGAAAUACAUGUCUUUCGGGAGAACAUAAACCAAAUGUAAAGAAAGUUCAAGAAGAACCAAACAAUACAUCACAAACAAAAGAACGAAAGGAAAACAAUAAUGAAAAGAAAGCAACACAACAACCAGAUACUAAUGGAGAGCAUAGAUUACAAGAUGGUACUGAAACACAGGGUAAAGAAAAUAGUCAAACUCUACAGCAAAAUACUGAUCUACAAUCUCCUCAAUUGUCUGCAUCUGUAACAUCUGUUAAAACGGCGCAAAAACAAUCAUGGACAUCGCAACCACCUCAAAUACUUUCGGCGUCUGAAGUAUCCCCUCCGUGCCCAUCAAAAACAGAAACAGUGCCAGAAACAAUAUUGUUAACGAAUAUUAAAGAAGAACCAGAAGAUUAUGAAGACCUAGAAAUGAUGUACUUAUCAUCCGAUGCUGUGGACGACGAUGUCGACGAAGAUGAAGAAGAUUUAGAUGACGACGAUGACGACGACGAUGACGAAAACGAUGAUGAUGAUGAUAACGAUAAUGAAAAAGAGGAAGAAGACGAAGAUGAUGUUGAUCAUAACGAAAGUUUGUUAUUUAGUUCCAAACAGCAACAUACUUUAAAAGAUACUGAACCAUCUGAUCAUCUUGAUCAAAUGUUUAACGAGCUGGAAAAUACAACAAGUAAUAUUGGGUUUUAAUGGGGUAAAAAAUAAUAAAAUUAUUAAUUAAUGAUCUCUCUAAUAAGACAAUUUUGCAAAACCGUCUUUAAAAAUAUCGUAUGUAAAUAUCAAUAAUUUUAAAACGUAACAGGUGAGACUGCAUUUAUUUAAGUACAAUAUAAUAGAUUAAGUGAAUCAUUAUAUUUAUAUAAGUUUUUGUAUAAGGUAUAAGUUUUAAUCCAAUUUCUUUAAGUUCGAUUACCUGCAUGAAUCAAUAUCAUGUUACCGAAUUAGUACAAUUUUAAA